CUAGCAGACCGACAUUGGUCUAUGCUUUUUUCUUUCGAGUAGCAAUGUUUUCUCAGUUAGCAAUUUAAAUGACACUGUUGUUUUGUUGAUUUCGUUGCAUUGCCAAGCUCGUAAGCUCGUAAGUUCACAUCACGGUUCACGCAACACACAUAAGACUACGUAAAUGUACGAUGCGGAACAAUCAGACACGUGAUAUAAGAUACACAUAUGUCGCCGGCCGGUAAUUUUGUGUAAAUUAUAUGAAACUGGUGCUUCAAUUACUUGAGAGAGCAGAAUUUCCAUAGCCCCGUCGAUAUGGCUGUGUUGAUGAAAACGAGAGGUCUGCGUAUGUCUGCACAGAAGCAGGAGACCCUUUUGAAGUUAACUGUGUUAUCUCUUGCAGCGAUUCUGUCUUUUGCAACAAGAUUGUUCUCUGUCUUGAGAUUCGAAAGUGUCAUCCACGAGUUUGAUCCAUAUUUUAAUUAUCGCACAACAAAGUACCUAGCAGAGAAUGGGUUUUAUAGUUUUCACAAUUGGUUCGACGAUCGUGUUUGGUACCCUCUUGGGAGGAUAAUUGGAGGGACGAUAUAUCCUGGAUUGAUGAUAACAUCAGCAGCGUUAUACCGCCUUUCAUGGUUACUAAACAUUACCUUAGAUAUACGUACUAUUUGCGUCUUCCUUGCUCCAUUGUUUUCUAGUUUGACGACAAUUAUUACUUAUUUACUUACCAAAGAGCUGAAGGAUUCUGCGUCGGGAUUGUUCGCCGCAGCUAUGAUAGCAAUUGUUCCUGGUUAUAUAUCACGAUCAGUGGCAGGAUCUUAUGAUAAUGAAGGCAUAGCUAUUUUUUGUAUGUUAUUUACAUAUUACAUGUGGAUCAAAGCAGUUAAAACUGGUGCAAUUUGUUGGGCAACCUGUGCUGCUCUUGCAUAUUUUUAUAUGGUGUCUUCUUGGGGCGGCUACGUAUUCCUGAUUAAUUUGAUUCCUUUGCAUGUGUUAACCUUAAUGGUGACUGGCAGAUUUUCUCAUAGAAUAUACAUUGCGUACAGUAUUCUGUACUGCUUAGGGACAAUUUUAUCCAUGCAAAUAUCCUUUGUUGGUUUCCAACCUGUGCAGAGCUCUGAACAUAUGCUUGCAUUGGGAGUUUUUGGACUUUGCCAAAUUCAUGCUCUGGUUGAUUAUCUGCGUAGUAAAAUGUCACAGGAUGACUUUGAAAUAUUGUUCCGUGGUCUUGUUAUUUCUAUAGUUACUAUUUCGUUUGUACUAGGUGUCAUUUUAACUAUUACAGGAAAAAUAUCUCCAUGGACUGGUCGUUUUUACUCUCUUUUGGACCCGUCCUAUGCGAAGAAUCACAUACCGAUAAUUGCGUCCGUUUCGGAGCAUCAGCCAACAUCGUGGAGUUCUUUUUACUUUGAUCUCCAAAUUUUAGUAUUCCUGUUUCCGUCGGGUUUAUACUUCUGUUUCUCAAAAUUGACAGAUUCGAAUAUUUUUCUCAUUUUGUAUGGUGUUACAAGUCUGUACUUUGCCGGUGUAAUGGUCCGAUUAAUGCUAGUUCUUGCUCCAGUAAUGUGUAUUCUGGGUGGUAUUGGAGCUUCCUCGUUACUUGUCACUUACAUGAAACAAGUGGAAAGAGGGAAAGUUACAGAUAAGAAGGCAAAGAAGUUUGAAAGUAAUUACAUACUCAGGAGCGAGAUAGCAACACUCUUUAUAACAGUAAUGUGUAUUCUCUUCUUUUCGUACACCAUUCACUGUACGUGGGUUACAGCAGAGGCUUACAGUUCGCCUAGUAUCGUGUUGUCGGCGCGUUCUCCAGACGGUAGUCGCAUGAUUUUUGACGAUUUUAGAGAAGCCUACUAUUGGUUGCGCAUGAACACACCAGAAAAUGCCAAAGUAAUGUCUUGGUGGGAUUAUGGAUACCAAAUAACGGCAAUGGCGAACCGUACGAUUUUAGUAGACAAUAAUACAUGGAACAAUACUCACAUAUCAAGGGUUGGUCAGGCAAUGGCAAGUUCUGAGGAAAAAGCUUACGAAAUAAUGAGAGAAUUAGAUGUUAAUUAUGUUCUGGUUAUUUUUGGAGGACUUACGGGCUAUUCGUCGGAUGACAUUAAUAAGUUCCUAUGGAUGGUGCGCAUCGGCGGAAGCACCGAAAAAGGAAAAUCCAUAACAGAAUGGGAUUACUACAACUCUGCGGGAGAAUUCCGAGUUGACAAAGAAGGUUCUCCGAUUUUGCUCAAUUGUCUUAUGUAUAAAAUGUGUUAUUACAGAUUUGGUCAAGUUUAUACGGAAGGAGGUAAACCUUCUGGAUACGAUAGAGUUAGAAAUAUGGAAAUUGGUAAUAAAGAUUUUGAACUAGACAUGUUAGAAGAAGCCUACACUACUGAACAUUGGCUUGUACGAAUUUAUAAAGUGAAAGAUUUAAGAAACAGGGGAAUUUAGAAAAAAAAAAAUAUAAACUAAUGACAAA